CCUGAUUGUGUCCCAACACAGGGUAAUGACUCGAAUACUUCCACUUUGAGAAAGCGAAACCUCUGUCUUUCUUCCUUCAUGCUUAUCCAUCAUCAUCACUGAACAUUCUUUUUCUUUCAUGAACCUCAAUCCAACUAUGCUUCCUUACAUUAUCUUACAUCUUUCUAAUCCAAGUUAUCCAUUUGUUCGUCUGUGUCGUGGAAGUGGGUUGGUUCAUAAUUCCUUCGCUCUCUGAGAUCGUGGAGAAUCUCGUAAUUUGAAGCUACCACCAUUUGCCAAAGUUGAGAUUUUUACGCACCUAAGAGUAAAUGCAAGAACUUUAAGAAAGAUUAGGUACUGGGUAUCUUGUAUUCCAACUCAAUAAGAUAGUGGGGAGGAAAGAGAUAUGGCCGUCGCUAGCAAAACCAGAAAUAUGCUUGAAGGUCUGGUAAAAGAAGGAUCAUUGAAAUGGUUGCUUGGCAAGAAGAGUUACUUUGGUGAAGAAUUUGAAGAGAUGGAAAAUUCUCCUUCUGCUGGGAAGAACUUUAUACGAGAGCUCUCUCCUGUUGCAAACCUAGUUGUUCGUAGAUGCUCAAAAAUCCUUAGGACCUCUUCAAGUGAUCUUCUGGAGAGCUUCAAUCAAGAGGCUUCUGAUUCUAUGAAGCAUCCAUCACGAUAUGCGAGGAACUUUUUGGAAUAUUGUUGUUUCAAGGCACUUUUCCUGACAACACAAAUGACUGGUCAUCUCUUUGAUAAAACAUUCCGGCGUUUGACAUAUGACAUGAUGUUAGCUUGGGAGGCCCCGGCUGCUGACAGCCAACCUUUAACUAAUGUCGAUGAGGACAUAUCUGUUGGUUUAGAAGCUUUCUGCCGAAUAGCUCCUUCAAUUCCUAUCAUUGCCAAUGUCAUCAUUAGUGAAAAUCUUUUUGAGGUGCUGAGUUCAUCAACUGGUGGUCGCCUUCAGUUCCCCAUCUAUGACAAGUACCUCACUGGCCUGGAAAGGGCUGUAAGAAAAAUGAAGAGCAAUUCAGAGUCGUCUCUCCUGGUGGCUGUAAGAUCCUCUAAAGGUGAGAAGAUUCUCGAGGUUGAUGGAACAGUGACAACACAGCCAGUCCUUGAGCAUGUAGGAAUAUCCACAUGGCCUGGAAGGCUAAUCUUGACAGAUCAUGCACUUCAUUUUGAAGCACUUCGCGUUGUAUCAUAUGACAAACCAAAAAGAUAUGAGUUAUCAGAAGAUCUUAAACAAGUUGUUAAACCUGAGUUGACUGGACCAUGGGGUACUCGACUUUUUGACAAGGCAGUCUUCUAUAGCUCAUCAUCCUUAUCAGAACCAGUUGUACUAGAGUUUCCAGAACUGAAAGGUCAUGCUCGUCGUGAUUAUUGGCUAGCUAUCAUCCAAGAGAUUCUAUAUGUUCACAAAUUCAUAAGCAAGUAUAAACUUAAAGGGGUUGCACGGGAUGAAGCGCUUUGGAAGGCUGUUUUAGGAAUUUUGCGUUUACAAGCCAUUCAAGAUAUUAGUUCCACGAUUCCUAUACAGAAUGAUGCUCUUCUCAUGUUUAAUUUAUGUGAUCAGCUUCCAGGCGGAGACUUGAUAUUAGAAACCCUUGCAAAUAUGCCUAACUUAAGAGAGUCAGAUCAUGAGAAUGAUUUCAAGGGUGUAAGUGGAAUGUAUUCUAUCUCAGCUUUGGACAUGGUUUCUAACUUGGGAUUUGUAUUUGGAGCAAGUUCAAACAACUCAAAUGAGAGUAGGAUUGCUGUGGGUGAAAUAUCUGUUGGAGAAAUGACUGAAUUGGAAAGAGCAGUUAAAGAAUCUAAGAACAAUCAUAAAAAGGUCAUAUCUGCACAAGCGACAGUUGAUGGUGUUAAAGUUGAUGGUAUCGACACUAAUCUGGCUGUCAUGAAGGAGUUACUUUUUCCUCUAAAUGAACUUGGGAAGUCUCUUCAGUCCUUGGCAUAUUGGGAUGAUCCACGGAAGUCUUUAGUGUUUUGUUUGUUUUUCAGUUACAUCAUCUACAGGGGUUGGCUUGGCUAUGCAGUAGCGCUGGUGCUCUUGUUACUUGCAGUUUUUAUGAUAAUUACUCGAUGUUUUAGCCAAGGUAGGUCAGUUCCUGAAGUUAAAGUAAUUGCCCCACCACCGUUGAAUACAAUGGAACAGCUUUUGGCUGUUCAGAAUGCUGUCUCUCAAGCUGAACAGCUCAUCCAGGAUGGUAACGUAAUUCUGCUCAAGUUCCGUGGCUUGUUGCUGUCCAUUUUCCCUCAGGCCACGGAGAAGUUAGCCUUUGGUCUUCUAUCAACAGCCUUGAUUUUGGCUUUCUUGCCUACUAAAUACAUAAUUCUGCUACUCUUCUUGGAGAUAUUUACAAGAUAUUCACCUCCAAGAAAAGCUAGCACUGAGAGAUUGACGAGGAGAUUAAAGGAAUGGUGGUUCAGCAUACCAGCAGCUCCUGUUACACUUGAAAGAGAUAAAGAGGAAAAGAAAAGAAAAUAGUAUUGAUGCAUGGUGUAAUCUGUUGUGCAUAUGUUUUUGUUUAAUGCUGUUUUGGUCUUGUACAUAGAGAUGUUAAAGGUGUAAAACUCAUCCGUGGAAGCAAAAUAAUAAAUAUUUAUUAGAAAAUAAAUUACACUCUUAC